AUGCCCACGCAGCGAGACACACAGCGCAACAGACGACCAGACGAAUCAUCCGAUGACGAUGUAGACGGGGACAUGGCUGAGGGCGAACGCGAGGGCGGAAGUGGCAGUCUUCAGCAAUUGUCCAAGAGCUUGGUGCGCUAUGCGCUUGCUUGCGAAUACUCCCGCAAACCGAUCAAGCGUCAAGAUAUAAACGAGAAAGUAUUGGGAUCGCAUACUCGCCUGUUCAAAGAAGUGUUUCAGCAGGCAAACACCGAUCUCAUGGAGGUCUUUGGUAUGCAAAUGAUAGAGCUGCCCAAGGCUGACAGAGUCACCAUGCGACAAAAGCGCGGUAACGUUAAUAUCUUCUGGACCACACAUGAAAUGUAUGCUAAUAUGACAUCAGCUGCAUCAGCGUCAGAGUCGCAAAGCAAGUCGAGCAGUAUGUGGGUGCUGCAAUCCAUCCUGCCUGAGGAGUACCGGAUCCCAGAGAUCAUCGGCCCUUCACAACCGCUGGAAGAGGGUACUCUUAACAGAGAGGAUUCCUAUGUUGGCUUAUACACUAUGGAAAGCUCGACCGCGCGCUCCAGGAGGAAGAAUGCAGACCAAAGCACACCGAUUGGCAACAAGGACAAAACGCUGGCCGCCAUGGUCAAGGACGGGUAUAUUGUCAAAGUAAAGGAAGCAGCGCCUGGCCAAGAUGAAACGAUCGAUUACAUUGUGGGCCCUCGAGGCAAGGUCGAGGUGGGCAGGGAGGGCGUCGCGUGCCUUAUCAGGGUCAUGUACGGCGCGAGCGAGGAUGCAGAGGAACUCGAGAAGCGCAUACAACGGACGCUGGAUGUGGCAGAAGCGUACAAUGGCAGUGGGGCGGCGCUGGAGGCUGCAGUGGUGGCAGGGUCGUCGCAAGCAACAGGUCGAAAGCGAGGACGGCCAAGAAACGAGGACGAUUGA